CUUUUGCCGCUCAGCGCAAGUGUCCCACCUCGAGUCCACUCCGCACCCAUCUACGCCAUGACGACGUGGACACGCCUCAUUCGCUUCACGACUGCAGAAUCAAGCGUGCCGGUCUACGGUCAGCCCGUGCCACCAUCCGGGGUAUCCGAGCGAGAUGACGACAUCGGUCUGCGCUAUCACGCAUCCAAAGUGUCGGGCGCAGCUCCCGUACAAGCACAUCUCAUCGUUGGCGAUCCAUUCGGCAGCGAAAGCUGCAUCGUAACAAAGUCAUUGCUCUCUGUCCGCACUUUGCUCUCGCCGCUGCCUGCCGAGCUCGUCGGCGCACCUCGCUGCCUCGGGGCAAAUUACCAAGGACCGGCCGCCAAGAAGGGAUCUGUGCCCAUCUUGUUCCUCAAGCCGGCGAGUAGUCUAUCUCAUCCAGAAUCGACUAUCGUUGUGCCUGCGCAUGCCAGCGAUGAUCAGGCAGACUACGAAGCAGAACUUGUCAUCGUCGUCGGUCGUACAGCCAAAGACGUCGAGCCCGCCAAUGCGCUUGAUUAUGUUGCAGGCUAUACGCUCUGUAACGACGUCAGCGCUCGCAAGCUCAUGGCAGCCGCUUCGCAAUGGGGUAUGGGCAAGAGUCUCCUAACGCCGAUUCUAGGUUGGUUGCCUUUCGGGCCCGUCAUCGUCUCUUCCAAGCUUGUAGAAGAUCCUCAGAAGAUAACCCUGAAGGCAGUACUGAAUGGCAAAGAGUACCAAAACGACACAACGGCGAAGCAACUCUGGACUGUUGCAGAGACCAUCGUCGAGCUCUCAAAAGGCUCGACGCUCUCGCCAGGCACAAUCAUCGCAACAGGCACUCCGGCAGGACAAGGCUCAACGCAGAAGCCUCCGGUUUGGCUCCGUCAUGGCGACGACAUCCGCAUUUCGGGCUCACAUGGGCUUGGAACUCUCAUCAACACAGUCGUCGAAGUAAAGAAGGGCGCUGUUCGCGCCAAGCUAUGAUCGUCCCUGUGCACUGCAAAUCACAAAGUCUCAUGUUGUGCAAUGAAGCGUCAUGACAUUCAGAUCUUGCGCGAGUCGACCGGAAAGACAAGUGCCAUAUGAACCUUUCCACGACGCGUGUUCUUGUCCUUCUCGACGGUGAUCUCAACUUUGACCUUGUCAAAGACACCAAUGGUCACAGCCCCAGUGUUGGUCGGAACCGAGAGCUCGUAACGGUCCGGGUCAUAUUUAACUUCGCGCUUGAAUGUCACCAAGCCUUCUAGGCCGAGCCUUUGUGUGAUGUCAGCGCAUGCGCCAGCAAGAGGUGAGAAUCUCACUUUGAGACGAACACG